UCUUAUGGCUGAAUUCUCCUAUUGCUGAGAUGGGACCUAAGAGAAGGAAGCCCAUUCCUGAAGAGGCUUUAGCUUUUAUUCAUCGAGUUGCCUGUAUGCAGAUGAACCUCAGUGAUGCUUAUAUGUUCUUGGCUUGCUUGUACAGUGAUGACACGACAAUGACUAGUUUUGGAGCAUAUUCUCAGGACAAGGCUUCAAUGAAAUGGUCCUGUGCCAAAAACAUCCUGGCAUACAUCACCGAAAGAGGUAAUAAGGUCUGCAUUCCGGAAAUUCAGAGGCCUGAAAUAGACACCCACAGCUGCCUCCAGUGUGCGAUGGCUAUUCUAAACAUGGAAAACGAAUUAACCGAGAUCCUGCACGACCUGCAAGAUGUCGCCUUAACUGUUAAAGAUAAUACUACAAUAACAUUUACAAAAGAGUUGAUAUAUAGUCAGAGAAGGAAUGAAGACCGUUUGGCAUGGGAAAUUGUUGAGCUGAAGAGGAAAGAAGAACUGGCUCAGAAGGAGAAUGAUAAAAAUAAAAGGCGUUUGAAAGGCACUCGAAAGAAGCCAAGGAGAUGACCAAGUGAUAGCGAGUAGGACAAGCCUUUCUAUUGCAGGCCCUAGAUCAGCAAGUUAAUGUCUUGUCAUUUCCCUUGCCUGAAGAAUGCUUUUCUUUUCAUCUUUCUAGUUCUCAUUGAUGAAAAAUAAAU